AUGGCGACAGGCUCAGUCAAACCAGCUUCGCCGUCACCUCGAGAAUAUACUGCUCCAACGAUUAAGGCAUUAAUGGCGACAGGCUCAGUCAAACCAGCUUCGCCGUCACAUACAGAUUAUAUAGCACCACCGAUUACAGUCACCCUCACACUUGUCCUCCUAGUAUUUUUCUUUGUUGGUUUUUUCUCCUUGUAUUUCUGUAGGUGCUUCUUGCAAAAUUUAAUAUAUACAUGGCAUCUGCGGCAUAGUCCCAACGGAACUCCAGUGGAAGGUCCGGCCCCAAAUGAUGCUCGUGGCCUAGACAAGUUGAUUAUACAAUCUUUUCCAAGCUUCACUUAUUCAACAGUCAAAGAUUGUCGCAAGGAAAAAUAUGGACUAGAAUGUGCUGUUUGCUUGGAUGAGUUUUCAGAUAACGAUGUCCUUCGCCUUGUUAUAUUCUGUAACCAUGUAUUUCAUCAGGAAUGCAUUGACCUUUGGUUUGAAUCUCAUAAAACAUGUCCUGUUUGCCGGAGAAACCUCGACUCCCCCACGCAAUCUCCGAUGAAGUCUCCAUUGUCCAUCUACAGUAACUCCAUUAAUGACAUUGUACAAGAAAAUGAACAAGUAGAUGGUAGUUUUCACAUCACAAUUGAGGAAGACAAAGGCGAUCAAACGUUGGAUUCUACUGCUGCCCAUGAACAAGUCUAUCCACCACCAUUGAAUGAGAUAGACAAGUUUUCGAGAUCUCAUUCGACAGGUCAUUCAAUAGUUAGAACAAAAGAAGAAGAAGAAGAUAAGUUUACAUUGAGAUUACCAGAACACGUGAAAACAAAACUCAUAAAGGGACACAGUUCUAGCAGAAGUUGGACAACAUAUGGAGAAUACAAAACUAAAGCCAACCUUGGAAAUAGUAAUCUUGGAGAGGCUUCAGGGUUGUCAUCUUUUGGAGACAUCAACAAAGUAUAG